GGCUGUCGCUCUGAUCGACUCCACAACGCUUUAGCAUCGGUACAUGGCGUCCAUAACACUACUCGUUGCCAUUCCCUGUCCUAUAGGUUGUAGUGAGGCCUUUAACAGUUGUAGGAAAUCAUUACAGUAGUUUAUUAAAGCUUUGAAUAUGGCGAACAUUGUGUGCGAAAAGCUUUAUCUAAAAAGCCCUUGUGGUGACGCAUAGUUAGGGGCUUGCUGGGUCGCGAGGUAGGUUAAGGAAUAUCUCGAGGAUUCUGGGUGGAUAAAUGCGACAGCUGAAUUAAACAGUUUAAUCCUCCUCGGUAACGGCACGCGAUUUGAGGAUGGCCGGGAUCGGUAACGGUUCAACAUCUGGGAUGGGUGACAUAAUCCAGCUGAACGUCGGAGGAACGAGGUUCAGCACAUCACGACAGACUCUGAUAUGGAUUCCUGACUCUUUCUUCUCAAGUUUACUUAGUGGGAGAAUAUCAACACUACGGGAUGAAACUGGAGCCAUUUUUAUUGACAGAGACCCAACAGCAUUUGCUCCCAUUUUAAAUUUUCUUCGAACAAAAGAACUUGACUUAAGGGGGGUUAACAUAAGCAUCAUACGACAUGAAGCUGAGUUCUAUGGAAUUACACCCUUAGUACGACGUUUACUUCUGUGUGAGGAACUGGACAGAUCAUCGUGUGGAAGUGUGCUGUUUCAUGGCUACCUCCCUCCACCAGCUCUGCCUGCCCGAAGAAAUGCUGGUGGACAGGCCACAGCUGCUGCGGGCCAAGAAGAGCACUCGAGUCCUAGUGGGGCAGAAGGGGGGUCUUCUCUCCCUGGACCCUCCGGGGCAGAUGGACCUCAAAGACUGGGAUCACCAGUCGACCCCAGGAAGGUGCUGAUCGUCGCUGGUCAUCAUAACUGGAUCGUAGCGGCCUAUGCACAUUUUGUUAUUUGUUACAGGAUAAAGGAAUCUUCUGGCUGGCAGCAGGUGUUUUCAAGCCCGUACCUGGACUGGGCUAUCGAGCGGGUGGCCCUCAAUGCUAAAGUUGUGGGCGGCCCACAUGGAGAUAAAGACAAGAUGGUUGCAGCAUCAUCGGGGAGCAGUAUCAUACUCUGGAGUAUUCAGGAUGGAGGAAGUGGAAGUGAAAUAGGCGUGUUUAAUCUUGGCGUGCCUGUUGACUCACUGUUUUUCAUCGGGAGUCAGCUAGUCGGCACCAGCCACACGGGGAAGGUAGGGGUGUGGAACGCCGUCACACAACAUUGGCAGGUGCAGGACGUAGUGCCCAUCACAAGCUGUGACACUGCAGGAUCUUUCCUCCUACUCGGCUGUAACAAUGGCUCAAUUUACUAUAUUGACAUGCAGAAGUUUCCACUGAGAAUGAAAGACAACGACUUACUGGUGACAGAACUCUACCACGACCCAUCAAAUGAUGCAAUCACAGCCCUCAGUGUCUACCUGACUCCCAAAACAAGUGUGAGUGGGAACUGGAUUGAGAUCGCUUACGGAACCAGCUCUGGGGCUGUACGGGUUAUCGUUCAGCAUCCAGAGACCGUCGGAUCCGGACCACAACUCUUCCAAACCUUCACUGUCCACCGCAGUCCUGUCACAAAGAUCAUGCUUUCUGAGAAGCACUUGGUGUCAGUGUGCGCUGACAAUAACCACGUACGCACAUGGACUGUGACGCGGUUCAGAGGUAUGAUCUCCACUCAGCCGGGAUCGACUCCGCUGGCUUCCUUUAAGAUCAUCUCGCUGGAGGAGACAGAGAGCCAUAGCAGCUAUUCCUCCGGCAAUGAUGUCGGUCCAUUUGGAGAGCGAGAUGACCAACAGGUUUUCAUUCAGAAAGUCAUUCCUAUUACCAACAAACUGUUUGUUCGGCUUUCUUCUACUGGAAAGAGGAUCUGUGAGGUGCAGUCGGUGGACGGUACCACCAUCACUUGUUUCACGGUACGAGAGUGCGAGGGCUCUAGCCGUAUGGGCUCCAGACCACGACGUUUUCUCUUUACCGGCCAUGCGAACGGUAGCAUUCAGAUGUGGGACCUGACCACUGCCAUGGACACAGUCAACAAAAGUGACGACAAGGCCAAACGGGAACCAGAAGUGGGCGGUCCAACGGAGGAGGAGCUGCUGAAGCUGCUUGACCAAUGUGACUUGAGCACAUCUCGUUGUGCCACGCCCAACAUCAGCCCCGCCCCCUCCGUACUGCAACAUAGCCGACUACGGGAGUCUUCUUCCAGUCUCCAGCUGCAGGCUCAGGAGCCCAUUCCUGAAACGGCCACCUAUGGAGCCCUGCGGCCGUACAGAGAGAGCCCUCUGCUGGCUCGCGCUCGACGCACCGAGAGCUUCCACAGCUACAGAGACUUUCACAGCUUAAACCUUACAAAAACCAUGCUGGAGAACAACGGGCUCCAAUGUGGAUCCACGGAGGACGACGUGCGUCAGCCUGCAUCGGAAAGCAACGGUGAAGAUGGGGACAAAAAAAACUCAACCUUUGAGCUGUGGGGUUCCAGAGCGUCCGAAACGCAGUUCGCAGCUGCGCGCAAACCUCCGGACAGCCCUGGAGACCCACGGCGAAGGAUACAAUUGAUGGAGGAGGGGGCAGACUGCAGAUCGGAGGGGGUGAGGAGGAGGGCGCCAUUUGAAGCGAACUUCCUGAGCAGGAGAAAAGCACCUCCAGUUCCACAGUUGAGUCCUCCACCUGCAGGGGGCGACAGUGCUGCCAGCGACUCGUCCAGCACCGCCUCACCCUCUCCAACUAAAGUCUCCACAUCUCCGCGCCAUCGCAAGGGCACUGAAACUGCGAGCGAGUGAUGGUUUACACAGAUUUACGAUUUAGAGGUCAUACCAAAUACAGUCAUCUCCGACAGGUGAAAGGAGGAAGUAAGUGUGAAUGGUUGGGAAGGACAGCAGCUGGCAGCUAACAAACAAAAGGGAAUUACACAGUAUAGAUGCUGGUUUGUCAUAUGAACAAUUUAAUAAGAUUUUUAUCAAGUGCAACCAUGUUGGCCUCAUUUUCUCUUUUUGGAUUCGACAGCAGGUAGUUUAAAGGAUUAGUCAAUU